AUGUCUUUUCAAGAGGAUGACAGCAAUAGACACAUAGCAAAAUUUAAAUUUGAUAUGAUUGCAUUUGAUAAGGCAUACGAAAAGAAACGAAUAGAAAAUGAUGCAGUGCAGUUAUGUAAAGCCAUAAAAAAUAAUCGAUUAUUUAAACGUAAUUUUGAUCUGAAGCAAGAACUAAUAGAUUUAAUGUACCAAGCUGCUCUUUCACCCAAGUCUGAUCUUUCUAUAGAUAAAAUUGUGAACUAUAUAAAUUCGUCAGAUGAAACAUUACAAUUACUGGGAAUCCAAGCUUACGCAAAAUUAAAACAAGAAAAAAAUCCUUCUAUAAAUGAUACGAUAGAAGAUAUAUUACCACGCUGCAUUAAGCUUUUAGACAAUGACAAUACUUCCUUGCAAUUCCAAAUAGCAUCUCUAUUAGCUAUCAUAACUUCGGAUACAGUCAAACAAAUGCAGUUUGUUAUAAUGUGUGAAACAGUAUCAAAAUUAUUAAAACUACUUAAGUCAUCGUCUAUUGUUGCGGAACAAGCAGUGCGUGCCUUAGGAAAUAUAAUUGAAGAUAAACCGUGUGCACGUGACUUUGCUCUUAAACAUAAUGUUCUACCUCUUUUGGCAGAUUUAAUUAAAUCUGAUACUUCAGUGACAUUCAUGGACAACAUCUCAUGGCUUUUAUCUAAUUUAUGUCAAAAGAGUACACCUCUAAGUAUUGGAUUGAUUAGACCUGUUCUAUCAGUAUUUGAUUGCAUGCUUAAUAAUAAAAAUCAAUACAUAAUUUCCGACAUCUGCCGGACACUCUCUUAUCUUACCAAUGGAUCCAACGAUAAUGUACAAGCAAUAAUAGAAACUGCAGGCAUUCUACCGAAACUUUUAGAGUGUCUGACGUUGAGGAAAGAAAUUAUCGUUAUUCCAGCAUUGCGUACAGUAGGAAAUAUAGUGACAAUUGGUGAUGAUGCACAAAAGAAUGCUGUAAUAUUCGCGGGAGGAUUGUUACAUCUUGGUAACGUGUUACGAUAUUAUUUAUGUGCCGAUGAGAAAGAUAUUGUAGAGGAAGCUUUUUGGGUAAUUUUUAAAAUAGUUGGUAAUACAGACCAAAUUCAAAGUGUAAUAAGUGCUGAUCUGUUACCACUACUGAUAGGAGGACUUCAGUUUGGAAAUGCACAAGUAAUAGCCACAUGGACUGUAAUUGCCUUAAUAACUGGAGGAACAAUUCAACAUUUGAUCCAAUUAGUGCAAGCUGGCGUAUUACAAGCUUUUUAUAAUUUACUUGAAUCAAAGGAUUAUCUAAAUAUUAUUAACGGCUUAAUUGGUAUGGCUGAAAUCUUGGGUGUUGCAGAGAAAAUAGGACAAGCAGAAAAACUUGCCAUUAUGAUACAAAAAUUUGGAGGAUUAGAUAAAAUACAAGAUCUUCAAUAUCAUCAGAAUGAACGAGUUUAUGAAGAAUCUUUGGCUAUAAUCAACGCGUACUUUCCUCAAACGGUUUGUACAUUUAUUUAA